AUGAAUGAGGGAGCGUGGAGGUGCAUUGCUCGAAGCCCAAAACAAAUAUGUGUUACGACGGAAACACGGGGUAUCUUGUCCUUCUUGACAGUGGGAUCGGACAUUUCCGUCGUGUUAGAAGAGGAGAGAGUAUUGAGCUGGGUCCAAGAGUGUUUCAGUCCAGUGGAAGUUUUCGGUUAUCUGGAACAAUGCGAUGUGAGUUUUGUAAAACAGCCAACGGUGACACACAAAAUCGUACCACAUGCUAGUCCACCUGAGAUUGAUACACACCUGAUUUUACGAGCAAUACUCAUUGUCCCGUCUUCAGACUUGUCGCUGGAUGUGUGGAACAGUGUCGUCGAGGAGUUGGAAGUCGAGCUUGGGAGGGUGGGCUUCAUCGGUGAAAACGGAGGGUAG